AUGCAACAGAUGGAGGCUGCUAGGGUAGCUGCUGAGGAUGCUCAUCGACAACAUAUGAAAGCCCUCCGGCAGCUGGAAGAGAACAUGACAGCUGCACCUAUUUUUGGUCCCAAGCCACGACCGACAAUUAGGGAGUGGAGCCUAGAAGAUUUUCUGAAACAUCAUCCGGUGAAAUUCGACGGUAGAGUCAGCCCAGAUGCAGCAGACCAAUGGCUGAAGGAUAUAGAGAGGAUCUUCGAUGCGAAGAUGUGCCCGACUGAGAACCGAUUAUCAUUUGUUGUAUACAUGCUCACAGGUGAGGCAGAACAUUUGUGGAUUUGCAUGAAGUCCAUCAUGGAGGAGAGAGAUAAGCCGAUCACGUGGAAGGCUUUCACGGGGAAGUUCCUCUCAGGGUAUUUCCUCGACAACAUGAGGUAUGCCAAGGAGGUGGAAUUCCUCCAUUUGACACAAGAAGGGAAAUCAAUGACCGAGUAUGCUGAGAAAUUCAAACACCUCAGCCGCUUUUACACUCUAUCGCUCGACAAGGAAUGGAGAUGCUUCAAGUUUGAGAAUGGUCUCUGCGGUGAUAUCCGCUUGAUGUUGGCUCCCUUGUCCAUCAAGGACUUUGCCGCUCUGGUGAAGAAGGCUGAGUGA